CUUUGUUUUGGGCCGGCUGACUUUUUUUGUGGAGCACAUGAGAAACAAUAUCUGAAGAGGGGUAAUUAUUGUUGGUAAUUAUUUGUUUGGGUUUUUUGCAAUUUCUUUCUUCUUCUUUGGUUGUCAGCCCACAACCCCGUUUCUCACAAGUGCUUUCACCAUUUAACUGAUUUUUUCCCCCUCGUAUUUAUUUAUUUUUCUUCACAAUUUAAAAAGAUGUGGACUUUCCUGGGAAUAGCGAGCUUCACAUACCUGUAUAAAAAGUCCGACACAGUGUUGACUCUGGCUCCUAAAGAGCUGGUGAUGGCCGCAGCCUUAUUACUUACAGCCGGGCUGCUGUUCUCAUACACCAGGUACUUUCAGGACCAGAAGCUCAGAGUCUCUCAGGUGAUCCAUUUGCCUCUGAGCCUCCUGUCGUCUUUACCUGUCAUCAGCAACUUUAUCCCCCAGUCUUCAACAGGGAGCAGCGAGAAAGCAGAGAACAAGUGUAAAAAGGGCCGGAGAAUGAGGAAAAGAGUGGACAUAACGUCCUCUGCGUCGCAGAGCGCCUCAGCCAGUGGCCCCUCGGCGGCACCGGAGCCAGAUGUGGUGAUCGUUGGGGCCGGGGUCCUUGGCUCAGCUAUGGCAGCCGUCCUAGCCCGGGAUGGGAAGAGGGUGAUGGUGGUGGAGAGAGACAUGAAGGAGCCUGACAGGAUCGUGGGGGAGCUGCUGCAGCCUGGAGGAUACAGAGCACUCAAAGAGCUGGGACUGGAAGGUGCAGUGGAGGGUCUGGACGCCCAUCUGGUCAACGGUUAUGUGAUCCAUGACAUGGAGAGCAGCACGGAGGUGGAGAUCCCCUACCCCCAGGCGGAGGAGAGCAUCCAGUGCGGACGCGCUUUCCAUCACGGUCGAUUCAUCAUGGGCCUGAGGAGGGCCGCGCUGGCCGAGCCAAAUGUCACAAUCGUAGAAGGCUCGGUGACCAGCUUACUGGAGGAGGAAGGCUGUGUAACCGGAGUCCAGUACAAAGAUAAAGAAACCGGAGACAUCAAGGAAGUCCAUGCAGCGCUGACCGUUGUGGCCGACGGCUGUUUCUCCAAAUUCAGAAAGAGUCUGGUCUCGGGGAAAGCUCACACCUCCUCUCACUUUGUCGGGUGCCUCAUGAAGGACUGUCCUCAGUUUAAAGCCAACCACGCCGAGCUAGUGCUGGCCAACCCGAGCCCGGUUCUGAUCUACCAGAUCUCCUCGUCAGACACCAGGGUGCUGGUGGACAUCAGGGGGGACAUGCCUCGCAACCUCUCAGAGUACAUGGCUGAGAAGAUCUGCCCACAGCUGCCAGAGCAUUUAAAGGAGUCUUUCAUGGUGGCGCUGCAGAACGAUCGACUCAGGUCCAUGCCUGCGAGCUUCCUCCCUCCCUCGCCUGUCAACAAGCCAGGCGUGCUUCUCCUGGGCGACGCUUACAACAUGAGGCACCCUCUGACGGGAGGGGGGAUGAGCGUCGCGCUCAACGACGUUCGCAUCUGGAGGAAUCUGCUCAAGAACAUCCCCGAUCUGUACGACGACGAGGCCAUGCUGCAGGCAAAGAAAAAAUUCCACUGGGAACGCAAGUCAUCACAUUCUUUCGUGGUGAAUGUGUUGGCCCAGGCCCUGUAUGAGCUGUUCGCAGCCACUGACAAGUCUCUUCACGAGCUGAGGAGAGCCUGCUUCCGGUACUUCAAGCUGGGCGGAGAGUGUAUUAACGGGCCCAUUGGACUCCUCUCAGUAUUGUCACCCAAACCCAUGACCCUCAUCGGACACUUCUUCGCCGUGGCACUGUACGCGAUAUACUUCAACUUCAAGUCAGAGUCUUGGAGCACCAAACCUCGAGCUUUAUUCAAGAGCGGAGCCAUCCUCUACCGGGCCUGCACAGUCAUGCUGCCUCUCAUCUACUCUGAGCUCAAGUACCUGGUGUACUGAGGAGCACUUCAUGCGGACACAGAAAGGCCGGGUGCUAACAGACUCGUGGCUUAUUUGGAAGCAAAACAAAACUUUGUUUUUUUUUUUGUCAGUAGUUUCUCUGUGUGCCUUCCUGCUGAGAAUGGUGCUGUUGGCCAUCUUAAAUCAUGAUCGUGAUUUUUUAUUAUCGUGGGGUUUUUUUUUUACAGUAUCCCCCUGCCUUACUGAGGAUGUCAUUGUCUCAGUGGCCUACUUAAUGCCUUGUUUAAUUUGGACAUAUUAUGCAACAAUGCCUUUGGUGUAAACCUGUUUGUGCUCACCCACACUCUGGCCUAUAUGCUAGGGGAUUGCACGUACAGUGUAUCAACUCACACCCUGAAUUACACUGAAUAUUCAACAUUGUGGAAUUAUUCCUGCCAAACAGAACUGCUGUGUGGAACAUGGCAUCUGAAUUUUAUGAGGAUCUUGCAAUAGAGCCACUUUUGUUCUGUACAUUUUGCUGUUGAGCUACCGUGGCUUGUAUUUAAUGUGGAAAUUCGUUUUAAUCUAAAGCACUGAUGAUGGGAGGUCAUAAAAACAGGAAGGGGUUUUCAUAUUCAUUCAAAAAAAAAAAAAAAAAAUUCAGCAUACUUCACCAUGAUUCUGUUUGGGAAAAGGCUUUCAGUUCAUUUGUUCACAUCACAUACAUUCUUUCCUGUAAUGAUCAUUUCCUGCCUUCCUGAUAUUGUUGCUCUGUACCUAUUGUGAUAAGGGACUUUUUGUAGCGCACUUUGGUGCUUUUUAGCCAGCCUAAAACAUGCUGACAGUGCAGCUGACAGUACUACAAUCUCAGAACCCGAGAAUGAUCCCAGCACUAUUUUGGUCCUGCCGGGUGUCAGUAAGGAGCUGACACGGCAUGUUGCUUGGGGGAAGUUUGGGUUUGACUUGGACCUGUGAGAGAAGGAGCGAUCAGCAUCAGGAGCAGGCGGUGGAUAAUGCUCAGCUGUUGUUUUGUCCUGAGCUGACACGUGGAAGAAAACUCAAGGUGUGCCUGCCGUGGGCCUGACGGGCCAUUAAAUAAAUUAUACCUGCGGACAAG